AUGUCUUCGGUCGCCAAGUUGGCCCUCUGGGCCGCGGCCGUCAAUGCUCUGCCACAGUUUGGCACCACUUCAGCUCCUGGAGCUUCACCAACUGGCAUUUUCGUGGUCCCCGAAUUCGUCAUCCCAGGCUUCACUCAGCCUCCAUAUGUGACCAUUCCCGCCUUCACCGUCCCGGCACGCACUUUCACAUUUGGCCCCAGCGGGACGAGUCUGAUUGGAAGCAGCGCACCCACAAGCGCUGGUGUCUCGACAGCCCCUUCGAACCCGUUGACUUUCAGCACUGCCUCUCGAUCACGAUCACGCAUCGUGUUGCCCACGAUUGUGCCCGUGGGAAGCAGCGCAGUAACCUCGUCUUCGGGAACGACCACCCUCUCAACCAGCUCGUCCGUCUCGAGCAGCUCUACCAUCCCAACCAGCUCCUCCGUCUCGAGCAGCUCUGUCAUCUCAAGCAGCUCUGCUAUCUCAAGCAGCUCUUCUACAUCAGACAGCACUACUUCCUCCAGCAGCUCUAUCAUCUCAAGCAGCUCCACAAUCCCCAGUAGCUCUACUAUCUCUAGCAGCUCUUCAGGCAGCUCUACAAUCUUGGUUCCUACCACAGACUCCAGCGGACUCCCUAGCACCUCCACGGCUGUUAUAGACCCUACCGCUAUCUCUAGCACAGGCAGCUCUACAGUCUCCGGCAGCUCUACAAUCUCAGGCAGCUCUACCGUCUCUGGCAGCUCUACUGUCUCCGGCAGCUCGACACUCUCCAUCAGCUCCACCGUCUCAGGCAGCUCCACGCUCUCCGGUAGCUCUACCAUCUCAGGCAGCUCUACACUCUCCUCCAGUUCUACAACCUUGAUCACGACCACAGACUCCAGCGGACUCCCUAGCACCUCCACGGCUGUUAUAGACCCUACCGCUAUCUCUAGCACAGGCAGCUCUACAGUCUCUGGCAGCUCUACAGUCUCUGGCAGCUCUACCGUCUCUGGCAGCUCUACCGUCUCAGGCAGCUCCACAAUCUCCUCCAGCUCCACAACCUUGAUCACAACCACAGACUCCAGCGGGCUCCCUAGCACUUCUACGGCAGUUAUAGACCCUACCGCUAUCUCUAGUACCGGCAGCUCUACUGUCUCUGGCAGCUCCACAGUCUCAGGCACAUCUAGCUCUGGCAGCUCUUCCGUGGCAAGCAGCUCUACGACGCUCACAACCACCGAUGCUUCUGGAUCGCUUACUACAUCUACCUCUGCCGUGAGCCCUACCUCCUCCGCUACGUCGUCGGGCUCGAGUACGAUCACCACGACCGAUGCUUCGGGAUCGCUUACUACCUCCACCUCUGCCGUGAGCCCUACCUCCUCCGCUGCUUCGUCGGGCUCGAGUACGAUCACCACGACCGAUGCUUCUGGAUCGCUUACUACAUCCACCUCUGCCGUGAGCCCUACCUCCUCCGCUGCUUCGUCGAGCUCUAGUACAAUUACGACGACCGACGCUUCGGGAUCGCUUACUACCUCCACCUCUGCUGUGAGCCCUACCUCCUCCGCAACGUCGUCUGGCUCGACUACGAUCACCACGACCGAUGCUUCGGGAUCGCUUACUACCUCCACCUCUGCCGUGAGCCCUACCUCCUCCGCUGCUUCGUCGGGUUCGAGUACGAUCACCACGACCGAUGCUUCGGGAUCGCUUACUACCUCCACCUCUGCCGUGAGCCCUACCUCCUCCGCUACGUCGUCGGGCUCGAGUACGAUUACCACGUCCGAUGCUUCGGGAUCGCUUACUACCUCCACCUCUGCCGUGAGCCCUACCUCCUCCGCUGCUUCGUCGGGCUCGAGUACGAUCACUACGACCGAUGCUUCGGGAUCGCUUACUACCUCCACCUCUGCCGUGAGCCCUACCUCCUCCGCUACGUCGUCGGGCUCGAGUACGAUCACCACGACCGAUGCUUCGGGAUCGCUUACUACCUCUACCUCUGCCGUGAGCCCUACCUCCUCCGCGGCUUCGUCGAGCUCUAGUACAAUUACGACAACCGAUGCUUCUGGAUCGACUACUACUACCACUUCUGCCGUGAGCCCUACCUCCUCAGCCACUUCGUCUAGCUCGAGUACGAUUACGACGACCGAUGCUUCUGGAUCGACUACUACCACUACUUCUGCUGUGAGCCCUACUUCUUCGGCCGUUUCGUCUAGCUCGACUACGAUUACGACUACUGACGCCGCGGGAUCGACCACUACCACUACUUCGGCCGCGAGCUCUUCCUCCCCGGCCAGUUCGACUACGGUAACGACUACUGACGCCGCGGGAUCGACCACUACCACUACUUCUGCCGCGAGCUCUUCCUCUCCGGCCAGUUCGACGACAGUCACUACUACUGAUGCCGCGGGAUCGACCACUACGACAACAUCUGCCGUGAGCUCUUCGUCUCCGGCUAGUUCGACGACAGUCACGACUACUGAUGCCGCCGGAUCGACCACUACGACAACUUCUGCCGUGAGCUCUUCGUCUCCGGCCAGUUCGACGACAGUCACGACUACUGAUGCCGCCGGAUCGACCACCACGACCACUUCUGCCGUGAGCUCUUCCUCUCCGGCUAGUUCGACGACAGUUACUACUACCGAUGCCGCGGGAUCGACGACUACGACCACUUCUGCCGUAACCUCUUCGUCUCCGGCUAGUUCGACGACAGUCACGACUACCGAUGCCGCAGGAUCCACCACCACGACCACUUCUGCUGCGACCUCUACAACCACCGCUUAAACAACGAUUUGGUUACUAGGGAAAGGAAGAAGAAGAAGAAGAGGGAAAAGAGAGUAGUGACACACUCACUGUUUAGCCAUUUUUCUUUCCUUCCUUUCUUGUAGCAAAAGGAGGGACUUUUUUGUGUUGUGUUGUAAAUAUGGACAGACAGACAAAGACACAGACAGAGACAGACAGAGACAGAAAGACAGGCAGAACAGAGACAUAAGGACCGAAUGAUCAACAAGAAGAAGAAGAAAUGUACAUCUAAUCAUCGCAACGUUCAUUUUGCAAAGGAGAUCUAUUCCGUC